UGCGUGUAUGCGUCUGUGUGUGUGUUGGCUGAGAUGUGUGUUUUCCUCUUCUUCCACUGGAGUGAAAGUUACUGCGUCUGUCGUUCGUCAUGACGGUCUUGCAUCUAUGAAGGGGUUUUACACAGAGAAUUAAGGGAAAGCUGCACUUUAGAUUGGUGUAAAUAUGGCUCAUCUUUCCCAGUGCUCCUCUGCCGGGGACAAUCCCCUGGACCCCAACUACCUGCCCCCUCAUUACCGUGAGGAAUACCGAUUGGCGAUUGAUGCCCUGGUUGAAGCUGACUUGGAGGGCUACUGUGGGUUUCUUCAGGAAGCAGAUGUGGUUGAUUUCUUAUCCCGUUCAGAGAUUGAGUAUAUCAAACACAUGGUGCAGGCUCCGCAUCGCACCGCCCAACCAGAGAGGAGAUACAUGACUGAAGAUGUAGAUGGCUCUUCUGACACUUACUGGCCGGUACAUUCAGACCAUGAUGCUCCGAGCCUUGACUUAGGCUGGCCACAGCAAUACAGAUUUGUUGGACCCACUGAGGUCACUACAUUGGUGAACCCGUCUGACCCCGAGAUGCCCAGUAUCAAGGAGCAAGUCCGUAGAAUGAUCAAGAAUGCACAACAAGUUAUUGCUGUGGUGAUGGAUAUGUUUACAGAUGUUGACAUCUUUGCUGAUAUCCUUGGUGCAGCGACACGUGGUGUGGCUGUUUAUGUUCUUCUUGAUGAACUGAAUGCUCACCAUUUUGUUGGGAUGGUGAACAACUGUAGGGUGAAUCUGAAUGAAAUAAAAUUCAUGCGGGUAAGAACCGUGUCUGGUAGUACCUAUUACUGCAGAACAGGAAAGACCUUCAAAGGUCAGAUGAUGGAUCGCUUUAUUCUGGUAGACUGCAGAGCUGUUUUAAGUGGUAACUAUAGCUUCAUGUGGUCUUUUGAGAAGAUACAUCGCUGUCUUGCUCAUCUAUUUCUGGGACAGCUUGUAACCACCUUUGAUGAAGAGUUUCGGAUUCUCUUUGCCCAUUCAGAGCCACUGGUUGUUGAAAAUGUUUUGGCAAAUAUGCCACACUAUGUUGGUGAACCUGAAAGCGACUACAACACAGAAUAUCCAACUAUGGGCAUGGAAUGGGCUGGACGUACUACAGAAGAUCAUACGAAAUUGGGUUACAAAAUGUUACCCUUUAGGAGUGAAUCCAUCCACAGUGCACCAGAAGCAAAUCCCUCAGUUCAGAGGCACAUGAACCUGCAUGCUGCCCAGCAAUAUAGAGGGGACCAUCAAUUUAUAGAGCAUGGAAGGCAAAUGAGAGGACCAAAUGAAAUGGUUGGCUUCAAAAGACAUAGCUACGGAAAUAUACCUGAUUAUGAAUACAUGCCUCCUCAAAAUCAUCCAACAAUGAGAGGAAACCAGUACAUGGAGGGAGCAAUGCCGCAGGGCGGCCACUUUGCAAGGGAACCACAUAUUUACCAGGGAGCUGGAUUACAAUCUGGUUAUGACAUGUAUGGAAGGUUUAGAGGCCAAGGCCAACACAUCGAUCAGUUUUCAGGGCCUGUCUACCCUCAUGAGGGAGAUGAGGCUGAACCACCUGGGCCUUAUGACCAUAUUCAAAGAUACCUGCAGUCUCAACCUGCUAUGGAGGAAGGACAUGGUCCAAGAAAUGUAUUACCACAUAUGCAGUCCAAUCUCAAGAGACAUAGCAUGGGACAGUCUUAUACAUGUCAGACCUCCCCAACACAACCAAACCCGCCAGAACAGAAACGUUUCCUCAAUGUAAACCGCAAACCACAGGAUGUGAGUCAAAAGCUAGGCCUGCGGGACUGGAGGAUCAGCUCAUACCUCAGUGCAAAUGAUGAUGCAGGAGAGCUGGAUUUAGCUGAACUUGAAGGAUCCACUGCAUGUGAUGACAUUCCAUGUUUUACGCAGGAAGCUCCUUGUGGCCCUGUACGUGCUGAAAUUAGACCAGGAAAUAGAGAGUUUAACAGGAUACCUUCACCUAGGGAAAAUCCCACGUUUGUCCAAAUUCAAAAUGAUUCUAUUGUGCCUGACAGUUUAGCUAAUCCUCCAUCUGAUUUAUCACAAAUAAAUAUCAAAACAACACCAGCAUCAACUUCAGAGUCUUCUUGCACCACUGAGGGUGACAAAGCGGAGGAGACGCAGAAUAGAGAACCUAAAGAGACUAACCGGAUAAGCGAAGAGUUCCUCAAAAGGAAACCCAACCGACCUGUCCAGAGGAGUUCCAGACUGAGACACUCGCUGAUAUUCAGUUCAAAUCUGGAGUUGCAUACGUCAGAAGAGAUUAAAGAUACUGCUGGAGAAAAAGAUGGGGAUGAAGCUUCAAAACUUUCAGCUCGUGUGUCACAAAUCUUAGAUAAAAGGAGGACUGGUUCUCCAUUUCAACCAUUUCAGUGGAGCAAUUUUGUAAAGUCAGCCACAUUUGAUAACUCCACCUCAGAGUCUGCACAACCUGAGGAUGAACUGAACAAAAUGGGUGAAAAUUCUGAUGUAGAUAAGGUUGAAACCUGCCAAAAUAUUCGAAAGAAUUCAUUAAAGGGUGAUCUGCAAGAAAAAGACCUGCCUCAAACAGUUCCUGAAAAAAAUAGCCAAAGGGAUGAAUGUCCAUCUAAUUUAUUGCAAAAGCCAUCUUCUUUCAUAGAUAUGAAUGACCCUGACUAUAGACUGAGGUAUUUCAAAGAGUUAGCAGCCAAACGCAAGCUUGCAGCAGCAAGGGCUUCUCAGAGCAAUCCGAUGAAAGCCACCCAAAAGUUUACUCUACCAGAGAAACCUUUAGCUAAUGAUGCAGAUAAAAAAGGGCCUGUUUUCAAGACCCCAGAAACUCCACGCAAGUCAAAAAAUACCCCUGCCACAGUAACAGAGAUCAAAGAAACCUGUAAAGACACCAAAUGUGAGGAAUCGAGUAAAGACAUCCUACAUAGAGCCACUGAUGCUGAAAAAAUUAGAUUUAAGAAAAAACUUGCAAAAGAGUCGGGCUCAACUUUAAAAAAUUUCAAGGGAGACAUUGAUCAAGCUCUAAAACCUGUUGAAGUGGCAAGAACAGUAUCUACAGCUAAAAACCAGACACCCCCCAUUUUAAACAUUUUUUCACAAAAGUCGCUCUGUGCCUUACAAAAUCAAGUAGAUUCUGUUGCAUUAGAUACUACCUUAACAGAAUCUGGUCUCAACCAAUAUCAUAUUCCUAAAGAAACAGAUCCCUCCCAUGCCUUUCUGACUGAGAGUUGUCUGCCUGUAAAGUUACCACAGACAAAGUGUGUGUCACCACUAUGCUCCACUCCAAAUGAGGGAAGUCUAUCUGCAAAAGACUCACAGAGCCUACCCAAUAUUUCUAACACAUGUUCUGAUACUUUGCCUCUUGAUUCUAAUUCAGCAGCAAACCUUGCAAUUGUAGAUACUUGUGUACCUUCAAAUGACCACAAAGAUACAGUUCCCUCCCCAGCAUUUUCUACAACUGGAAUUAGUUCCACCGAACACCCCACUGCAAUAAAGGCAGACUCUUCUCAACACCUCAGUGAAACUGGGGCAGAUUUUUCUAGACACUUCACCGCAGUAGGGGCUGAACCAUCUACAGCACAAAAUGUGCAUUCCCAACACCACUCUGCAACAGAGAAAAACUCUUCUCAACAGAAUACUUUAAUGGAAGCGGACUCUUCCAUACCACCCACUACCACAGAAAGUGAACCCUUACAAAAAUCUACUUCAACAGAGGCAGACCAUUCUCACCACACUCCUGCAUCUCAAACAGACUGUUUUCAACAGCCUACUGCAGUGAGGAAAGACUUUUCCCUGCACCCCACUGCUACAGAAUGUGGAACUUCACAAAACGUCCCUAUUACAACAGAAACUGAUUCUUUCCAACAGCCAACUGCAGCAGAAAGUGAAUCGUCAUAUCACUUCACUACAAUCAAAGCAGCCUCUUAUCAACAGCCUACUGAGACAGGAGAAGACUCUUCUCAGCCCCCCAUUAAAACUAGGACAGACUAUUGCCAACAAUCCAGUGGAGCAGAAAGCGAAUACUCUGCAAAACACACUGCAGUGCAGACAGACCCUACUACAGCAAGAAAUAAAUCAUCCCAACAGUACUCUGCAGUAUCCUCAGACUUUUCCAAACAUCCCCCUGCAGUGGGGGCAGACACUUCAGAACACCUCACUGCAGCAGAGAUGCACUCUUCUCAGCUGUCUGCAGCAUCUGUGGAAGACUCUAUGCAACACCACGUGGCAAAAGAAAGUAAACAUUCCCUAAAACCCACUGCAUCCGGUACACAACCCUUCAUGCAGCCAAAUGCUUCUGCUGAAGCCUCUUCACAACAUUCCGGUGCAAUGGAGACAGACUCCUCCCAGCAGCCCACUGUGACAGCCACAGACUCUUCUCAACACCCCACUGCAACAGCCACUGAUUCUUCUCAGCAACCCAUUGCAAAGGAGACAGACUCUUCUCAAAAGCCUAUCACAAUGGAGACAGACACUUCUCAGCAGUCCACUGCAUCAAUGGUAGACACCAUCAAAGAGCUAAGUGCAUCAGAGGCAGACACUCCCCAGUCCCACACUGCAACAAAAAGUGACCUUUCCUCAGAACAUUCCAAACAAUUACCUUUAUUGGGGGCAGGCUCUUCUCAACAGCCCACUGCCACAACCAAAGGUUCUACCCAGCAGCCCACUAUAACAAUCCCAGACUCUUCCCAGCAGCCUGCUGCAACAGUCACAGACUCCUCCCCGGAGCCAACUGCAACAGUGACAGACUCUUCCCAGCAGCCCGCUGCAAAAGAGAUAGGCUCUUCCAGGAAGCCGGCUGCAGCAGACAAAGACUCCUCCCAGAAGUCCACUUCAACAGGCACAGACUCUUCAGACACAGACUGUUUCCAGCAGCCCACUGCAACAGUCACUGACUCUUCAGACACAGACUCUUCCCAGCAGUCCACUGCAACAGUCACAGACUCUUCAGGCACAGACUCGUCCCAGCAACCCACUGCAACAGUCACAGACUCUUCAGACACAGACUCUUCCCAGCAGCCCACUGCAACAGUCACAGACUCUUCAGACACAGACUCUUCCCAGCAGCCCACUGCAACAGUCACAGACUCUUCAGACACGGACUCUUCCCAGAAGCCCACUGCAAUAGUCACAGACUCUUCAGACACAGACUCUUUCCAGCAGCCUACUAGAACAGUCACAGACUCUUCAGACACAGACUUGUCCCAGCAACCCACUGCAACAGUCACAGACUCUUCAGACACAGACUCUUCCCAGCAGCCCACUGCAGCAGAGAUAGACUCUUCCAGAGGGCCCACUGCAGCGGACACAGACUCCUCCCAGAAGUCCACUUCAGCAGGCACAGACUCUUCCCAGCAGCCGGCUGCAACAGAGACAGACUCUUCCCAAGAGUCCACUGUAAAGGACACAGACUCUUUCCAGCAGCCCAUUGCAACAGAGGUAGACUCUUCCCGAGAGCCCACUGCAGCAGACACAGACUCCUCCCAGACAUCCACUGCAGCAGAAACAGAUUCUUCCCCUGAGCCCACUGAAGCAGUCACAGACACUUCCCAGAAGUCCACUUCAACAGUCACAGACUCUUGCCAGCAGCCCUCUGCAACAGAGACAGAUUCUUUUCAGCAUUCCACUGUAACAGACACAGACUCUUCACAACAGCCCACUGCUAGAGUCACAGACUCUUCAGACACAGACUCUUCCGAGCAGCCUGCUGCAACAACCACAAACUACUUCCAGCAGUCUUUUGCAACAGAGACCGACUCCUCCCAGCAGCCCGCUGCAAAAGAGACAGACUCUUCCCAGACACACACUGUAACAGCCACAGACUCUUUCCAGCUGUCCAUUCCAACAGAGACUGACUCUUCCCAGCAGCUCACUAUAACAGAAAGUGAAUUUUCCCAAAAUCCCACCAAAAUGGAGACAGACACUUCCAAACAUCCUAUUAAAACAGAAAAUGAAUCCCUUCAAGACAUCACUGCAACAAAAUCUGACUGUGUGAAUGAGAAAAAAGAUGAUAACUUAUCCGAAGCCUUUAGCAAACUAAUACCCAUUCUAGAGGCUAACAUUACUCAAAAAGACAAUAGCAUAUCUCAAAAUGCAGUUAUCACAGACUUAAGUUCCCCAGCUGAACAUUCACAAUCUGACACUGUUACACCUUGUGAUAGCCAAGUGGAACUAAACCAAACACAAGCAUGUAUAACUCAUACAGUAAAAGACACAGACAAUGGUGCUUUAACUAGUCUUGAUUCAAUGGAGGUGAGCUCAACACAGCCUCAAGGUUCACCAGAACCUUGCCUGUCCUCGGAUGAGAUCAACUCAACUCAGGGAAUAACACAAUUACAAUCUAGUUUAUCAUCAAAUCCUAUGGAAUCUAGCUGUCAAAAAGACUCAAAGCCUGAGAAAACAGAUGAGCGCCAGAAAUCUGACACCAUUACAGAGCAAACUCAGGGUCAUGAUACUUCAGCUAUAGAUGCAGGGCCUCAGAUAGAAGUUUCUACAGCAAUAGACUCUAACGGGGUUGAUAAAAUUAAACAAACAACACCAGAGGUAGAAAACACUGUGACUAAAAUUGCCGAGGUGUCAGAAAAAUCACAUUUGACUGUUCACAGUAAUUCAGAAAAUAAGUCUUCUGUUGCAGAGAAUGCAAAAUCGAUUGUGUCUGCCCAUCAGACAUCUACUGCAAAUGUUAUCUCUUGCAGCAACCUUAGAGAUGACACUAAAGUUCUUUUAGAGCAAAUUUCAGCAAAGAACCAAAGCAGAUCUUCCCUGUCCAAGCAGACUCUUGCUGCACCCAAUGAAGCCAAAAAGGCUGAGGUUAGCUCUGCAGAUAAAUUGUUCUCAAGUUAUUCAGGAAGGUCUUGGUCCUCGAAGACUACACCAGAAGAGCGGGAGAUGUUACUACAAAAGAUGGAGCAAAUGCGUAAAGAGAGGAAGGUCUACAGCCGUUUUGAAGCCUCAUGAAUUAACCAAUUGGAAGAGGGGCUCCACUGAUGAACAAUAAGAGGGAAGCGAUUUUGCCAGAUCUUUUCUUUCUUAAAGUCUUACCUCAUAACUGUGAACCUGCACAAACUUGGAUUAAAGUGUUUUAUAACUUCUGAUUAUACCAAAGAGUGCUGCCUAUAUUGAGAGAGUGGAAAUCCCUGCAGGGCUUAACGAGCUAUGCAGAUGAUCUGCAUGACAGGAACUUUACCAGCUGGAAUAAGCUUUUGAUAGGACAGGUAUUUCUUAGUGUGUAUAUAAAUAAUAGAGCUGUGAAACACAUUUCUAAAUCUAGUGUAGUUAUUGUGAGUUCUAUAUCUAGAAAUUAUGAUCUGUUAUAAAUACUGUAAAUAGAGAGUUGUUUACCUAACAAAAACAAGGAGUUCAUUAAAAAUGGAGCUGCCAGAGACAGAGCAUGUGAGCGAUGUGGAGUGGGGGAGGAGUUGCAUGAUAUUGCCAGGAGCAAGGAGCAGGUUUUCUAAAAGUCUCCAACAUCGUUCUGAUACUGCUCCAACAUGUUAACAGAGUCAGACUAUUGUUCAUGUUUCAGUACAGCAUUAAACUUUUCUCCCAAGUAUUUUUUAUUUUUUCAUUUAAUAUUGGUAUUUUGUGCCCAGAUGUUUUUCAUUGAUAUUAAAAGCCAACACUGAAAGAACUUCAUAGUGGAUCAGUAACUGGCCACACAUUUUUCUAUGUAGUGAACUUGAAGCAGUGAGCAGCAGGAAACGGAAAACAUGGAACAAAGUGGAGCUGGAGCAAAAUGAUCACAGGAUGCGAAAUUGUUCAGUCAUAUGGUCUGGCGAGAGAAUAGAAAAGGGCAUUCCACUAGAUGAUUAAUUUAAGUGUUUACUAGUCCAUCAGUUGAUUGUGUAAACCAAAGAUAUUGCACUGUAAAAUACAUUCUGUUGGUGUUGAUGCACAAUGGAAACUCCUAAAGCAUGUUUUUGAGUCCACGUAACAUAUUAAUGAGGAUAACAUGCAGCACGUUUUACUAAAAGGAGUUUCUCAAUAUACCAAAUCGAUACAAAAAUGUGCAAUAUUAUGAAUUUAGGAUGAAAUAUUGAUUUAUUUAAAUUGUGAAAUCUGUUUGUCAACAUUUGUCAGUGUAUUAAGGCUUGCAUCUGUUUUUGAUGGAGGUUCUCAUAAGCUACAUGUGUAGAGAACCAAUAAUGUCUGUUACAUGUUCCCACCUGUUCCAAAAUGUGUAUGUUUAAAUCAUGUUUAGAGCAAAAUGAGUAAUACUACACUGAUAUAAACUAAAAUAAAACUAGAACAUAAGACAUGUUCUUCAAAUAUUAAUAUCUCAAACGUGUGUUAUUUGCUUAUGUCGGAACAGUUAUGAAACACAAUGCUCAGUGGGAAGGAAUUUAUCACAGACGGAAAAAAAUGUGUUUAUUAAUCUUCUGAUGAAAGAAUAGUUUACACAAUGUCUGUUUUUUGUUCAAUCUGUAAUCAUUCCCCUUUGGUACCAUUAUGGGUGUUUUAUAUGGGAACAAAUUGAUAGUUGACUCAAAAAUAAAAAUGAUGUUAUCAUUUACC